CAGGGCGGCAGCGGCGGCUCGGGGAGGGCCGGGCCGGGCUGGGCCGAGCCGGGCGGACCGAGCGGAGCGGCGUGAGAUCUUUGAAACACCACCGGGACUUGGUCACCAGGGGGUGGCUUGCUGAGGAUACGGCUCUGCCCUCUGCACUCAGGACAUGUAUGGCUGAAGGGCUCAGCCCCUUCCCUGGCUGCAGGGCAGCGCUGUUCUCCUUCCCACCAUGUGAGCUGGCACACCUGCACAGCAAAUAGCUGCCUUUUUCAAAGAAUGAGCACAUGCCGAUGGUGCACACAGAGUGGUGCUGACACCACCGAGUUCCUGAGGCACUAUGCUGCUCAGAGGCUGUCCCAGGAAGAUUUUGAAGGCUCCAAUGAUGACCUCUGUUACUGCCUGGAGUGUGUGGUUGAAUACCACAAAGCGAGGGAAGAAUGUCCAAGAUUGCAUGAGGACCUGUGGGACUUGGAAACCUCCCGCCUGGUUGCCCACAUGGAGAAAUCCAUGAAUGAGGAAGCAGGAGAAGAUGAGCUGUUUCUGGUUGAUGAGCAUGGGGAGACACCUCUGUCUGGUUAUGUGGGCCCAAAUUUUGAGAACAACCUGCGAGUGCCCCUGCUGGAAAUACUGAAAUACCCCUACCUGCUGCUGCAUGAGAAAGUCAGUGAGCUAUGUGUAGAAGUGCUCUGCAGAAUGGAACUAAGUCAAGACUCCUUUCAGGUCUUUGAGAAAUACCCAGGAAUUUAUCUCUUUUUGGUCCACCCAAAUGAGGUGAUUCGUCGAUGGGCCAUCCUAACAGCAAGGAAUUUAGGAAAGGUUGACAGGGAUGAUUACUAUGACUUAGAGGAAGUGCUGACUUGUUUGUUCAGAGUUAUUGAGUUGGGGCUUUUUGAGAACCCAGAUAUUUACAGCUCUUCAAUGUUUGAAAAGGGUAAACUCAUCCUUCUGCCAGCUCAUUUGUAUGAUACAGCCAACUACAAGAAUUAUUGGCUGGGAAUCUGCAUGUUGCUGUCAGUGCUGGAAGAACAAGCUAUGGACUCUCUGUUACUGGGCCCAGAGAAACAAAAUGAUUUCAUGCAGUCUAUACUUCACACUAUGGAGAAAGAAGCAGCUGAUGAUUCCACUGACCCCUUCUGGCCUGCCCUACACUGUUUCAUGGUUAUUUUGGAUCAGCUUGGGUCUAAAGUUUGGGGUCAGCUGAUUGAUCCUGUCCAAGCCUUUCAAACCAUAAUCAACAGUGUCAGCUACAACAAUGAAAUCAAAAAUAUUCGCAGUAGUUUUAUGAGGACAAAAGCUGAACCAGAAUCAGACUAUGGUGAUGACAUGAUGUCCUGCAGUCAGAUUGUGUAUAAUUAUAACACAGAAAAGCCUCAAAAGGACACUGGCUGGAAGGCUGCCAUUUGCCCAGAGUACUGCCCCAACAUGUAUGAAGAUAUGCACACCCUGGCUAACAUGCUUCAGUCUGACAUUGGCAGAGACAUGCGUGUCCAUCACAGCACGUUCCUCUGGUUCAUCCCUUUUGUUCAGUCCCUCAUGGAUCUCAAGGACUUGGGUGUAGCCUAUAUAGUAGAGGUCAUCCACUACCUCUGCUCAGAAAUCAAAGACAUCCUCAUCGAACGAUUCCAGGAGUGCGACAAAAUCUCCGAGUUCUUCCUUCUCAUCUUGGUGUCCAUCGUUGAGCUGCACAGAAGCAAGAAGUGCCUGCACUUGCUGUGGAUCAGCUCCCAGGAGUGGGUGGAGGCGGUGGUGAGGUGUGCCACGCUCCCAAGCAGAGCCUUCACUCGCUGCAGUGAGAAGGCUCCGGGGCUGUUUGCCAAGGGCUCGGCCGCGGGCUCCUUGCAGGCGCCCAGCUCGGUGCAGCACGCCUGCGUGCAGCUCAUCCGCAGCCUGCUCAAGGAGGGCUACCAGCUCGGCCAGCACGCCCUCUGCAAGCAGUACCUGGACAAACUGAACCUCCUCCUGCGGGGAAACCGAGCUGUGGGCUGGCAGCUGAGCAGCCAGGAAACCCAGGAGCUGCAAAUGUGCUUAAAGCAAGUUAUAAGAAGUAUAAAGGGCAAAGCACUGAGCAGCUCUUUGGCUGGAGGGAGCAAGUCAAGCUCAACAGCUUUGCCGAGUGUCUCUACAAAGCAGGAGAGGAAUGUGUGUGAUGAUGGAUACAAGAUGAGUGGACAUGAGAGGAGGGACCUUUGUUCACCAUUUGUCGUGUCAAAGGAAGGCAGAGAUUGUCAAGAGAACCCUUUGCAUAGGAGAAAGAAUGCCUGGGAAGAGGAAUGUAGAGAUGCAUGUAGAAGCUCAACAUCUUGCACAUCCACAGAAGGCCUCUUGAUGAAUAUCAAAAAAGAGCCUAAUGACUUGACAGAUCAGGAGUUUGUCUUCCCACAGAACUCUUUGGCAACAAAAGUAUCUGGGAAAGCUCAGGAAAAUAGGAGCUCUGACCUUGUGGCAGGGAAGUGCAAUACGGAUGACCAGUGCUUCAGUUCAAAUACUGAACAUUCAGAUUUCAGGAGAGGCAGAGAGUUAGAAGUCAAACACAAAGCAGAAUCCAAAACACCAUAUCUGUCUGCUCAGACUCAUCUUGAUUCUUCAUCUUCAAGGAGUUGCAAAAGUAUGCAAGAGACAAGUGCAAACAGUGUGUUCCAGUCCAGACUGGUCCCCACUAAACAGGUGUCCAAGGAAGCAUCACUGGAUUCCUGUAACUCCUCUAGAAAUGAAGCUGGCAUGCAAGGGAAGGAAGAUGACAGUACUUUGCUUUUAGGACAUAAUGACACCUCACUGAAAAAAGUAUCAACAGAGGAAAAAUCAGGUCCAUCGUUGUCGUCUUUCUUUAAGAGGAGCACGAACGUUCAGACUUCAAACCAGGAGCAGCCUAAUUUAAAUAAUUUGGAUAAAUAUGACUGCAAAAAUCAAUUUUCGGAGACCUCUUGUAGGGAUAAAAUUUCAGCAUGUGGUUAUUUUCCAUUUAGCUCUGAAAAUAAGAGGGAUGUGAUCAGGCCACUGUCAGUGAAGCAUGAAUCAAGUGACAGGUUGUUUGAGUUUUCAGAAUAUUUCAGGAGGGAAAACAGUUCAGUGGGGAAGAAAGAGGAGAGUUUUGUGAAGACUGUUUCUGAAGAUGAUGAUUUAUCAGACUCCCAGGUUGAUAGAGAACUCAGUAAAUUAUCUUUAGCUGCUUAUGCCAAAAGUCUUAAUUUUCCCAUUGCAACCAACCAGGAAAGCUCAGUGUACCAAAAUGUGUCUGAUAUUAAAAGGAAAGUGAAAGGUUCUGUAAGAUCUUCCAACGAGGGCCAAAGUACCAAGUGUCCCAGUGGUGGAGACCAACUUAGCAAUCAAGUCAUUGUAAUUUCAGACUCUUCUGAUGAAGAAAAAGGUGUGGCUGAGAAAGAGGAAUCAAAAACCAAGAAUGAAAAUGUGUGUGCAGAGCCAUCUUCAACUUCCAGCAGCACUUCUGAUAGCGACACUAAAAGAGAAUCAAAGUCUCCAGGCUCUCCCCUCUUACUGGAUGACUGUGAGUCUCAGUAUUUUGAAUUUGAAACAGAAGAUGAGGUUUUUUCAGCUUGGCAAGACACUCAAGCGUAUGCUGUGGAGACAACUCAGGAGUAUAAACAAGGUGGUGUUUCACCAGCACCUGAGACAGGUAAUUCAGAUGACUGCCAGAAUGAUAACUUAAAUGACUGGGGCUAUGAUCUGCCUUACUUUAGUGAUGAGGCCAUGGAAGAGGCAGCAAGCUCAAUAGAAAAGCAGACAGAAAAUACUUCUUAUCAGCAAGAAGCUGGUGAUACCAAAGAAGCGACUAAUUCAACCUUGGAAGAAUCAGUUGGCAAGGAAGAGGCAACUAAUUCAACCUUGGAAGAAUCAGUUGGCAAGGAAGAGGCAAAAGGUCAACUGGAGAAAUGUGCAGACAAAGAUACUGCUGAAAGCUUCACCCUGGACUCAAAAGUGCCUGAACCCACAACAUCUACAUCUCCCAUCUCAUUAGCUUCAAAGCUGGCCCUUAAGAAAAAGAGCACAAGCCCACAGAAGCCCACAGCAAAAUGUAAAUCAGCACCAGCUGUUCAGAGAAGUCCUAAAAAACCUCCUGUUGUUAAAACAGCCAAAAAUAAAACACCACUGCAAAGCACAACAGAACGUUCUCAGGCUGGCAGGUCGAUGCCUGCUGUGGUUCCUCCACGGAAGGUCCGGCAGAGCCCUGCUCCAGCAUCAACUGCAGAAAAGCUUGGCCUGAAGAAGGGGCCCCGCAAGGCGUUCGAUUUGUCGCAGCCCUCCCUGGAGAGCCUGGCCCUGCUGCGCAGCCACGGCAAAGCUGCGGGCAGGAUUGGAGUCACGCAGAAAAAGAGAACCAAACAGAUCGAGGCUCAGCGUUUGUCUGUGAAAGGGAAUAAAAAACUGCUGGCCUGCCAAGACCGCCAGUAUCUAAAGUCCAGAAGAAGCGUGAAAAAAUCUGCGGGAAGUUUGGAGAGUAGAAACAAAGUUACCAAAAUGUACGCAAGACCUGUGGUACAAAAGGCUCAAAGUUUUGAACUGGGAGCUGUUAAAGAAUCUGUUGAAAACCAAAGGGAGAAAAAAAGAGAGGAGGCUGCUUGUUUUUCUGCCAGUGAGAGAAAAUUUGAGAGCCUCUCUGUGGAGGAGGUGGCAAAUUCCUCUAAAAUGCCUCGUUCUUCAGACUGGAACAGCAAAUGGGAGGGUAGCAGUGUUGUGGUUCCUCCUGUCCCCAUGGAUUCAAGUCUCUCUUCCACUGCACUUGAAGGUGAUAAAGAUGAGUCUUCAGGAAAAGGUUGCACUGUCCUGCCUGAGUGUGAGAUGAAAACUCCAAAGCAAAAUGGGUGUAAAUCAGAUGAAAGCAGUGAUGAAGGUGAUGAUAAUCUGUUUUUAACUCAGUUAGAUCCUGUGGAUAUGGAGUUAUGUUCUCAGGAGGAAAGUGUUCAAGAUGCUGCUAUAGGUAGUAAGACCCCAGAGAAGAUGGAUGUUGAUGAAAGCCUUCAGCAGAAUGAAGUCUCAGCUGUUGUAAAAUGUAAAGAUAAAGAUUGUAUGGAACAGGUGGAAAAACCUGGAGAGUACUGCAGUAAACACCCAGCCACCAGUCCAGGGGCAGAUCAUGUGUUUGCCAAGCCUUCUCUCCCACCACCUAAAACAAAAAAACCUUCCACUGCCAAAAUUUUCAGCUCAGCGAGUUCUUCACGGAACGCAGCCUUCAGCAAAGAUCUGGAAGAUGGCAGAAAGUUUCCCCCACCUUCAAAAAGCAAAGUGAACGCGGCCAAACCGGCGGUGGUGAGGCCACCACUGUAUCCAAAACCUGCACCAGCAGGAGAUCCAACCUGCAAAUCUCCAAGUUUCAAACCCCUUAGUUCCAGUAAUGUUCUCCAGUCACAAAAUAAACACUAUGACAAUGCUUCAAAUAUUUCCAGAGGGCCUGGCCGAGAAACCUCCUCCUCUUUCCUUGGCCAGCAGCGCGAUUACAGCAUUUUUGUUAACCAAGUCCUAAAGUGGACUUAUGAAAUGUUUGAAAACUUCAGCUACUUUGGAACUCCAAAUCAUCUUCUGCACACCAUAGUAGCUGCUGUUCCUCCCCAUUUUCAGGGCUACAAUGAAUAUUUUGACACAUUUUUUCCGUUGAUGAUGCUCAAUGCCUUUGAAACACUGGCACAAGAAUGGGUAGAAAACCAGAAAGUAAGAGAGAGAGGUUAUUACUUCUACUUAGAGAACUUUUCUGCUGACAUGAAUACAGCACAUUUUACAGCUCAUCUACGAGAGAGUGAUUUGGCAAGGCAGCUCCAUCCAAAGGAGGAUGACUUAAUCCUUUUGAAGGUCCACAAGCAGAAGGACACUUUUGGGGAAGAAAGUGGGAUGGAGUACCACACAGUGAAUCAUGUUGGCCUUGUGACACGUUUUGCUCGUGCAUCUGGCUGUGCAAAUAGACAAAAAGAGCAGCAGACUGCCUGUCAUCUUACUGUGCAAACCCAAGGCAAUUUGUCAUUCUUUAUCCAUAAGCAAGUGAAGUGUGUGGUGGUUGGCUCCCUGGUGACCACACACAGAAAAUUCAAAGGUCUCCUGCUGCUGAGCAGGAGCCCCCUGGUUAGACCCAUCAUAAAUCCAAGUUACAAUGACUUCUGUCCCAGAGAUCUGCCUGUUGCCUCAGGAAGUGCUGUUUCAUACAUGAAUGAAUACAAUGAAGAUCAGAAGAGAGCCAUUGAGACAGCUUAUGCCAUGGUAAAGCAGCACCCAGGACUUCCCAAGAUCUGCCUCAUCCAUGGACCUCCUGGGACAGGGAAAUCAAAAACUAUUGUAGGACUCCUGUCCCGUGUUUUGAGAGAAAACACUAGGAAUGAGAAAACAGCUCGGAAAAAAAAUUCCAAGAUUAAGCCAAACCGUUUUCUAGUGUGUGCACCAUCAAAUGCUGCUGUUGAUGAACUCAUGAAAAAGAUCAUCAUUGCAUUUAAGGAAAAAUGCCAAAACAAACAGGAGCCUUUGGGAAAUUGUGGUGAUAUCAAAUUAGUGCGACUUGGUCCUGAAAAAUCAAUCAACAAUGAAGUGAGGGGAUUCAGCCUGGAUAAGCAAGUUGAGCACAGAAUGAAACGAAAGCCAGGUGACUGUGACCAGGACAUUCAGAAGAAGAAAGAAGCUCUGGACCAGAAGCUGGACAUGCUCUCUCGAGAGCGUGCCAUGCACAGAUGUGAGAAGAGAGAGAGUCAAAUGUUAAAUGAUGAAAUUGGCAGACUUGCAAAGGAGAGACAACAACUUGCUUCUCAGCUAAAGGAGGUUCGGGUGCACUCCCAGAAGGUGCAGGCAGACAUCAUCCUGGAGUCUGACAUCAUCUGCUGCACGCUGAGCACCAGCGGGGGGAGCCUGCUGGAAUCAGCCUUCUCCCGCCAGGGGCUGGAUCCCUUCAGCUGUGUCAUCGUGGAUGAGGCAGGGCAGUCCUGUGAGGUGGAAACUCUGAUCCCACUGAUCCAUCGCUGUAAUAAACUUGUCCUGGUUGGAGAUCCCAAACAGCUCCCUCCUACUGUCAAAUCAGUAAAAGCUCAGCAGUAUGGCUAUGACCAGUCUCUGAUGGCCCGACUGCAGAAGCACCUGGAGGAGCAAGUGCAGAGGAACAUGCUGCACAGCCUGCCUGUGGUGCAGCUGACAGUGCAGUACAGGAUGCACCCAGACAUCUGCCUCUUCCCAUCCAACUAUGUGUAUGGCAGGACUCUAAAAACUGCCAAGGCAAUAGAGGAGAACAGAUGUUCUUCAGAAUGGCCAUUCCAGCCCUACCUGAUUUUUGAUGUAGCUGAUGGUCGUGAGGAGCGAGACAAUGACUCUUACAGCAAUCCUCGGGAAGUGAAGCUGGUGAUGGAGUUAAUUAGAACAAUUAAAGAGAAAAGGAAGGAUCUGGGCCUUCGUCGCAUUGGAAUAAUUACCCCUUACAGUGCACAGAAAAAGAAAAUCCAGGAACAACUGGACAGUGUGUUUAAGAAUAACAGCCCAGGAGAGGUGGACACGGUGGAUGCGUUCCAGGGCCGGGAGAAGGAUUGCAUCAUCGUGUCCUGUGUGAGGGCAAACAGCUCCGAGGGCUCCACUCUGCCACACCUGCAGGCAAACAGCACCAAGGGAUCCAUCGGGUUCCUGGCCAGCCUCCAGCGCCUGAAUGUCACCAUCACCCGAGCCCGGUUCAGCCUCUUCAUCCUGGGCCGGCUGCAGACGCUCAUGGGAGAUGAAAACUGGAAUCACUUGAUUCAGGAUGCUCAGAAGAGAGGUGCCAUUAUUAGGACAACAGAAAAAAAUUACAAGAAAGAAGCUCUCAGGAUUUUGAAGCUCAGGCCACCAGGACAACCCCCAUCCAAAGGAGGGACUAUGACAUCUCCUGUGGUGCAGGCUGCUUCUUCCAGUGGCAAGAGGAGUGAGCCUGGAAAUUCUGGGAGCAGCCCACGGGAACUUGCUGCUGGCCCUGGCCAUGCAGUGCCCCAAGGAAGCCGAGGGCCCACACAGCCUGCAGGGGCUGCAGCUGCAGAUUCCAACAGGGGCAGUGCCCCUGCAUCUCUUGGGGCUCCAGCUGCAGUUCCCAGGAGUGUCAGUGCCCCUGCAUCUGUGGGGGCUGUAGCAACAGAUUCCAGGAGGGUCAGUGCCCCUGCAGCCAUGGGGGCUCCAGCAACAGAUUCCAGGAGGAGCAGUACCCCUGCAUCUAUUGGGGCUGGAGCUGCAGAUUCCAGGAGGGCCAGUGCCCCUGCACCUUUGGGGACCCCAGCUGCAGAUCCCAAGAGGAGCAGCAGUGCCCCUGCACCCUCAGGAGUUCCAGCUGCUGAUUCCAGGAGGAGCAGUGCCCCUGUAUCUGUGGGGACCCCAGCUGCAGAUCCCAGGAGGGGCAGUGCCCCUGCACCCUCAGGGACCCCAUCUGCAGACUCCAGGAGGAGCAGCAGUGCCCCUGCACCCUCAGGGACCCCAUCUGCAGAUCCCAAGAGGAGCAGCAGUGCCCCUGCACCCUCAGGGACCCCAUCUGCAGACCCCAAGAGGAGCAGCAGUGCCCCUGCACCCUCAGGGACCCCAGCUGCAGAUCCCAGGAGGAGCAGCAGUGCCCCUGCACCCUCGGGGGCUGCAGCACUUGGUGCCAUCCCAGAGAAGCCCCGGGACCCCCGGCUGGCCAGCCUGGCCACUCGAGCUGAAGGCAAAGGGAAGGAGCAGCCCUUGAGGUCAGCCCAGAGCACGCCAGGAUCAGCAGCACAGCAAGGCCUGCACGUGUCCCCAGCUGCCAGGGAUCAGGUGUGCAGAACAGAAAGUGCCAGGAAGGCCCAGCAGGCAGCAGGACAGGGCAGUGUGCUGCCCCCAGCCCCUCCCUCAGCCCAGCACGAGGGUGACCGGAGAGCAGCCGUGUCCAAAAGCGGUUCCAGAGCCCCCAGGGAAGGAGCUCAGAGCAGUGGCAGUGAGUGGAACAAAGACUCUCGUGGUGUGUCAAGGAGACCAUCCCAGGAAUCACCAGAGAACUCAGAAUCAAGCUCUGCCAAGAGAAGAAAGUUCUUUCACUGACUUCACUAUGGGCUCAUUACUGAAAAUCUAUUCCCAGAUUUCUGUCGAGCAAGGACUGUGUUUUAAAUUAUUUAGCACAGCUGGAACUCCCAUCUAUUGAUACCACUACUAUCAGAGGAUCUCUUUCCCAUCCUGUCCCUAAUUGUGAAGGGAUUUAAUACCUGACAGAUGGUACCUUUGAGGUUUUGAAAAGAGGAGUUGGGUAGCUGCAUUGCUUGGAAGAGCAGUGGGUUGAGUCAUCUAGGAAGCUGAGGUUGUAAAUGUUUAACAGUGUAUAUUUGUACAGUAUACAGAAUUAUUUUAAGAUAUUUGGCAAAUACAUAGCUUCUUGGUUUUUUUGUGUAAAUGCUAAUUUCUUAGAGAUGUAAUUUUUUUAUGAAGAACCAGAGUAAAGCAAAAACAAAACCCAACAACCCAACCCCAAAAUCCAAAGGACAGACUUCUUUUCCCUUUGCACUAAUAUGUCUAAUUUAUUUCAUAGCAAAUCUGAAUGUUGAAAAUGUGAUACCAGUGGUUCUUGCUAGUGCUCCACUACUGCUUCAGGGAAGAGUGAGGCAGAUGUACAUUGGUUGAACAGAGAGAAUUCUACUUAUUUUGUAUAUAUUUUAUUGCCUGUUUUUAUAGGAAGAAAAGAGUUUUUGUUUAUAUAAACGUGCCUUGAGUUUUGCUCUUGCUGCUGCUCUAUCAGUUGGAAUCCCUCUCUUGUUGCAGGGGCAACACAAUCUGCAGAUUAAAACCUGUGAGGUCUCUUUGGUCCCACUGUGUCCCUGUGAGCAGGGAUCAACAGCACUGUGGAAUCUUGGUCCAACAUCUAUUAACAGUUAUUGGAAAUAUCAUUUGAGUUUCUGUGUAUUGAGGAUUUGGAGAUGACUGGGAUGAAAAGGGCAGGUAGAUCUUUCUAGGUGUUACUGCUGGAUUCUUUCCACUGUGCUCCUGCAGAACAUGCAGCCACUAAAAGAGGAUGGCGAAAAAACCAAAUUAUUUUUAAGAAAACCUUCCUCACAUCAUAACAUUUCACAAUAAAACUGGAAUUAUUUCUACUAAGAAUUCCUUUGGGUCGCUGUGAAGUACAAGUGUCUGUUUUGUGGAGCUUGUGUGUGUCUCAGGAGGUGAAGAGCAGCAUUUCACAUGCACUGAGCUUUGUGUGGAGACAACCUGAGGGUGCAGGGAGUGGGCCAGGUUGUGCCAUCUCCACUGAGCAGGGAGUGUCCUGCUGUCCCUUGUCACAGCAGUGUGGCAGUGGCUUUGCUGCAGCAAGUGAGCCACAGUUUUUAGGCUUCAGUUCCAUUUCUGUUCCUGCAGGGAUAAUUCCAGCUUUGUGCCUUGACCCUCUGCCAGGCAGGGCCCAGCUCAGGGAGACACCAGUGCCUUGCUCUGCCCAGCACCAGGUGCUGGUUCAGGCUGUGAUUGCCAGGAAAACUCAUCCCUAAUGCAUCCACACCCAGAACAAACAUCCUUUACUGGUAGGAGCUGCCUUGGAGGUGUGUGGGGAAGCUUUUAUUGCUGCCUGGGCCUGUCCAGCUCCUUGUGCUGUGCAGGACUGAGUGUUUCAGUGUAAUGGGGAGAAUCAGCAUCUGUGCAUUGUUCAGCUUUAGUUAUUUGUUGUGUUGCAUUCUGAAUCCUUCAGUGACCCCGACUCCUCCUGGCAGCCCUGUGUGCUCUUCUCCAGCUGCUGAGGGACUGACCUUAACAAACGGGGCAUCCCAGACUCCAUACCUGUGAGUUAUUCCCCUUUAUGUUAAUAGGAACAUUUCAAAACUGUCAUCUUCCAAGCCCCUUGGCUCUUGUUGGCAGGGCUGUGCUGCCCUGCCUGCUGUUUGUACUUAGCACAUUAAGAGGCUGCUGCUCUGCAAACCCCAUGGCUGUGGAAGCCAUUUGGACUGUCUUGAUGUAAAUAAAGUGAAGCUGGCAACAAAAUGAA